AUGCAGAUGUCCUACGCCAUCCGGUGCGCCUUCUACCAGCUGCUUCUGGCCGCGCUAAUGCUGGUGGCGAUGCUGCAGCUGCUCUACCUGUCGCUGCUGUCCGGGCUGCACGGGCAGGAGGAGCAAGACCAGUAUUUCGAGUUCUUUCCCCCGUCCCCGCGGUCCGUGGACCAGGUCAAGGCGCAGCUCCGUACCGCUCUGGCCUCUGGAGGCGUCCUGGACGCCAGUGGCGACUACCGAGUCUACAGGGGCCUCCUGAAGACCACCAUGGACCCCAAUGAUGUGAUCCUGGCCACGCAUGCCAGCGUAGACAACCUGCUGCACCUGUCGGGCCUGUUGGAGCGCUGGGAGGGCCCGCUAUCCGUGUCGGUGUUCGCGGCCACCAAGGAGGAGGCGCAACUAGCCACGGUGCUGACCUACGCGCUGAGCAGCCACUGCCCUGAUAUGCGCGCCAGGGUGGCCAUGCACCUUGUGUGCCCCUCGCGCUAUGAGGCCGCUGUGCCCGAUCCCCGGGAACCGGGGGAGUUUGCCCUGCUGCGGUCCUGCCAGGAGGUCUUUGACAAGCUAGCCAGGGUGGCCCAGCCCGGGAUCAAUUAUGCGCUGGGCACCAAUGUCUCCUACCCCAAUAAUCUGCUGAGGAAUCUGGCCCGUGAGGGGGCCAACUAUGCCCUGGUAAUCGACGUGGACAUGGUGCCCAGCGAGGGGCUAUGGAGAGGCCUGAGGGAAAUGUUGGAUCAGAGCAAGCAGUGGGCGGGCACAGCGCUGGUGGUGCCUGCCUUUGAGAUCCGCCGAGCACGCCGCAUGCCCACGAACAAGAACGAGCUGUUGCAGCUCUAUCAAGUAGGCGAGGUGCGGCCCUUCUAUUAUGGGCUGUGCACGCCCUGCCAGGCGCCCACCAACUACUCCCGCUGGGUCAACCUGCCGGAAGAGACCUUGCUGAGGCCUGCCUAUGUGGUUCCCUGGCAGGACCCCUGGGAACCAUUCUACGUGGCCGGAGGCAAGGUGCCCACUUUCGACGAGCGCUUUCGGCAGUACGGCUUCAAUCGCAUCAGCCAGGCCUGUGAGCUGCACGUGGCAGGAUUUGAUUUCGAGGUGCUGAACGAAGGUUUCCUGGUUCAUAAGGGCUUCAAGGAAGCUUUGAAGUUCCAUCCCCAAAAGGAGGCCGAAAAUCAGCACAAUAAGAUCCUUUACCGCCAGUUCAAACAGGAGUUGAAGGCCAAGUACCCCGACUCCCCUCGUCACUGCUGA